AUGGUCAACCUUUCGGUGCCAAAGAAUUAUACAUUUUCUCCGUCUUCGGCUACACCGCAUUUGACAAUCAAUCAUGAUGUCGCUGCGGAUCUGGAUUCCAGCAAUGCCUUUGAAGGGCCCGAGAAGCUGCUAGAGGUGUGGUUUGCAUCCAGCCCCACGGCUUUGCCUGCCUCCGCUGCACCCAAUGGUUUGAAGAGUGUCCCUGCGGACACAUGGGUCAGCAUGUUGGACAUGGUCAACUGCAAAAUCUUGUCUGUUCUCGAGUCCGACGAUGUCGAUGCCUAUUUGCUCUCCGAGUCGAGCAUGUUUGUUUUCCCACACAAACUCAUUCUCAAGACCUGCGGAACAACUACCCUGCUUCUUGGCCUUCAGCGUUUGCUUCACAUUGCAGCUGUCAAUGCUGGAUUCCCCUUCCACAAUGCAAACUCGGUCAACGACGUGCGAGCUGCGGCUACGCCAUACCGCGUGUUUUACAGUCGCAAGAAUUUUUUGUUCCCUGACCAGCAGAAAGGGCCUCACCGGAGCUGGAAGCAGGAGGUUAAGUACUUGGAUGAUACGCUCGAAGGAGGUGGCAGCGCAUACAUGGUUGGCAAGAUGAACGGGGACCAUUGGUAUCUCUAUAUCACCUCACCAAACCAGACACUGACUCCUCCUCUCACUCCGGACUCGGAGAUCAAUUGUCAGCCAACUCCCGCCACCACGAUCUCCUCUGAUGGCGGCAGCUCUGCUGGUGGUUCCUACAGUCAGAAUGAUGAAACCCUAGAGAUUCUCAUGACCGAUCUUGAUCCUGAAAACGCCAAGCAGUUCUAUUUGUCACACGCGAGUGCGGUCGCGAGCGACAAGUUUGCUGCUGAGGCGAAAGACGCGCGCAAGAAGGCCCAAGACAGCCUUGGGUGCUUUGCCAACAGCCCUGAGGAAAUCGACGUGUUUGGACAUUGCGACGAUGGUGAUUUCGAAGCUGGCAAAGCCGAAGUUACUGAGGAGCUGACAACCGAAGGUCACGCGCUUGGCUCUGUCGUCUCCGAAAACUGUGGUUUGAACGAUGUUUAUCCCACCUCUGUUUAUCCUGAUGCUCGAGUGGACUCGUAUCUUUUCAGCCCCUGUGGAUUCUCUGCGAACGGCGUCGUUCCCGCUCCACCAUCUGGCGAAGGUGAAAAGCCUGGAGCAACGCACUACUUCACCGUGCACGUUACCCCUGAGCCAGGCUUCUCCUUUGCGUCGUUCGAAACCAAUGUCCCAGGUGGGCAAAAGGGUCGCAACACUGCCGAGAUUAUCGAGCACGUGGUCAACAUCUUCCGCCCUGGUCGAUUCAGCGUCACCUUGUUCGAGGCCAAGGGUCGCAGCGCCAACCCUUAUGGCAUGGGCGAUGGCACUUUCAAGAGCCUUUCUAUGCAGCGACUCGUUGAUCCUGUCCGCGGAUACCGCCGUGUGGACCGUAUUGUUCAUGAUUUUGAAGAUUAUGACCUCGUGUUUCGCUUCUAUGAGCGCGAGGACUGGCUGGGCGACAAGGCGGCCCGCGUUGGAGAGAUUGAUUGA